AUGCAACAUGCUCAGAGAUCAGCACGUAGUGUCGAAGUUGAGAAGUUUCCAGUCGGUGAAGCCUCCCAGGACAAUUGUGGGGACGCAGUGAUUGUUGAGAACAACUCCGAGGAGCUUCCAUACGUCGUGGAGAUGGUGGAGGGUAGCCCGCCCGUAAUCGCCACAGUUCGAUCUGCGAAGACGAAGCGUUCUGGUGGCGGCGGUUUAUCUCUCCUGAGUGUUCGAAUGUCGGAGCUUGGGCCGAAGGGGGAAAAUGAUAAGGAAAACAUUGCGGUUGUUGAAACUAUUGUGGAGGAGACGGAGGCUGAGAGGAUAGCUCAGUCCAAGGAGCGGCAACCGUUAAAGCCCUCAGCGUUCCAACCGAAGAUAAUACCGUUGAACCCAGGAGCAACACCCUCGAAAAUCGGCAAGCCCCGCAAUCCUGGUGUUAUCCCCGCCACGACUCCUCUUACUAUGUUCAAGCCUCAUCGGGUUCGGCAGCUGGCGCAAGUGUUUACUGCGAGCGCGUGCGCGGCGGCAGCUCGGUCACCGAAAAAGACGGCAGUCGAGAUAGUUGUGAAGCCACGUAUUAAGAACCCUAUCAGCCUUAGGGCGUUAGGACGGUUGGAUGGUGGCAAUCCCAAUGGUGCUUAA